AUGAAGUUCACUUGGGCAGCACUCCUUCUACUAUCCACAGUCACAUCCCUGACCGUCCCUCAAACAGAGUCUACUGAUCUUAUUGAAGAUGUGAACUCCUUAGAUUCUGCCCACACAGAUAUUAUAACUCUCGAGAAACGGCGUGGCGGUGGUGGAGGCCGAGGUGGUAGCGGUUCAUCCGGAGGAAGCAGUGGAGGGCGCACUGGUUCUUCCGGUUCCUCAGGCUCCUCAGGCUCCUCAGGUUCAAGUGGCAGCAGCAGCGGAGGUCGCACCGGUUCUUCCGGUUCAAGCGGAGGCAGUCGCAGUGGUUCAAGCAAUGUUGGUGGUACAACCAGUGGCGGUUCUGGCACUCGAGCAACCUACGGUGGAGGUAACUACUAUGCCGGCGGUGGGCGAACUCCCUACAAGGCUGGCUCCCGGUCUCGUGGAGGCAUCGCCCCCUACGUACUCGGUGGAGCUGCACUGGGCGUCUUCCCUGGUCUUUGGCUGUACAGCGCCUACGCCUACCCUUACAGCCACCACUACAACUACUACAACGAAAAUGCCCACAAGAACGACUCGCUUCCCAUUGUCUGUGUGUGCCAGGAGUAUUCGGAGUGUGGCUGCGACAACAACAACAACAGCACCUACUACGAGUCCCUCUUCAACGGCACAGUACCCAAGAACUCCAGCAUUGUGCGCGUAGCCGAUGUGAAUGGCACUCAGACCAUCUACAUCAACGGUACCUUGCCCAACGGUACCACGGCCGAUGAUGGAAGCUCGACCAAUACUUCGACCAAUACUUCCUCGGCAUCCGGGCCUGUCGCGAUGGUCCUGCAUGCUAGCGGGUACUGGGUGACCGUUGCCGUGGUGGCGGCCGCCGUAUGGGGAUUCUAA